AUUUAUCCCUCUGCCUGUAUCAUCAUCACCAAUGGCUCUGAAAGCCGUACACGUCACCGAUGUUCCCAAUUAAUCUCGAUAACGUUCCUGACAAUUAAUGCAUCCGUUUCUCUCUACGCUUGCGCGGGGAUUGGGAGUACGACGGAGACGAAUUUUAUGUUGAUCGGGCACAGAGGGAACGUCGUCGUGAAAGAGAACACCGUCCUCUCCUUCAACACCGUCGCCAAAAACCGCAUUGAUUUCGUUGAGUUUGAUGUUCAGGUGACAAAAGAUGGGUUCCCCGGGACAAUCUACGAAAAACGGGUCACUGAACUGUCUCUGUCCGAGUUCCUUAGCUACGCCAAUUCCAAAGGGAAACCCCUGUUGAGGAAAACAAAGAUUGUAAAUUGGGAAGUUGAAUCCGACCAUCCCUCUUGCACGCUACAAGAGGAAUCGAAAUAUCUUAAUUGCGUGCUGCAACUUGUGUUUGAUCAUGCCAAAGAAAGGCCCGUAAGCCUUACUCAAGAAGCUUCAGAACACUUACCCCGAGUUUUCCCUCACCAAAUAUACUAUGAUGUCCGGAGAAAUUGUUUGGAGGAGGCGUGCGGUCUGCAGGGGAUUGUCUCGGAAGUUAGGGCUAUUUUUAGAAAUCCGGCUGCUGUGAGCAAAAUCAAAGAGCUGAAACUCUCUCUGUUGACAUAUGCCAAGUGGAAGUAUGCUUUCUUUCUCGUGGGUCGUCCUCAUUUUUUGAAUUCCAUGUCUUUGAUUUGA